AUGGCAGCUAGAUCUCUAAAGCUCGUGUUGUUCACUUUACUGCUGUACACCUGGAGCGCUACAGCACGAUAUUCGUUACUUGGUCUGUUCCAGAAAGAUGGGUCUUGCUUGUCCGAUGCAAUGUGCGCGACAUACUGUGUCUUUCAAGGAUUUACCGUAGGCCAAUGUUCUGACGAAGCAAAAUGCACUUGCCGUAUUCCCUUAUUUCGUGGCCGAAAAACCACCGUGGAGCAUCAUGAAACCGUCAUUGAGGGAAAAGAUCAUCAAUCGAAAGAAACCAUCAACACGGUGACAAAAGAGGAUAUCGUCGACAAUUCCACUGAUAGCAGCGAUACAACCGACAGUACCGACCCCAAAGAAAAGGAAGCCAAAGACUAUGAAAUCAAGGAUCACGAAGUCAAAGAAAGCGACGUCAAGGAUGACGAUGCCAAGACUAAAGAGGUCAAGGAGGCAGAGACCAAGGAUACGGAUGUGAAAGAUGCGGAAGCCAAGGACGACGAAGCCAAGGCUAAAGAGGUCAAGGAGACUGAGACCAAGGAUAAAGACGUCAAAGAUGCCGAGGCCAAGGACAAGGACGUUAAAGAUGCUGAGACCAAGGAUAACAAGACCAAAAAGGAUGCAGAAAAGAAGCAACAUGGCAAGAAGAAGAAAAGUAAAGGCGAUGAAACGGCAGUUGCAAAGAACUCUAGUUCACCAGCGAACAAUACGAUGCCAUCCAUCAAUAAUCCUGCAUCGGAAAACAACCGAACUACGGGAUUGGAUGUAGCCAUCAAAGCCGACAAUACCACCAAGGUUCCAGUAGCCAAGGCCCAAGUGAAUAUCGACGCUGCUGAGCAGCCAAACAAUGCCGUUAAUCUGAACAGUGCGAUAGAGCCAGCGGAUGAUUCUAUGCUUACCGACGGUGGCGCCAACCCUGACACUGUUACUCCAGAAGCAUAUAACACUACCGAUUAUUCAUCCAGCACACCCAUCUAA